AUGGCGACUGUUGCCCGUGAAAACCAGACCUUUACCCUCCCCGACGGCCGCGUGCUGGGCUUCGCCGAGUACGGCGACCCGGACGGCACGCCGCUGCUCUACUUCCACGGCUUCCCGUCGUCGCGCAUCGAGGCCAGCGCGGUGCUCGAGGUGGCCAACCGGCGCGGCCUCCGGUGCAUCGCGCUGGACCGCCCGGGCUUCGGCCUGUCGUCGCCGCAGCCCCGCCGCCGCAUCCUCGACUGGCCGGCCGACGUCCGGGACUUUGCGCGCGGCAUGAACCUGCCCCGCUUCGCCGUCCUCGGGCUCUCCGGCGGCGGGCCCUUUGCCCUCGCGUGUGCGCGCGCGCUGCCGCCGGAGAUGCUCUCGGGCGUCGGCCUCUUCGCCAGCGGGCCGCCGUGGUUCGCCGGCGCCCACCACAUGUCGCUGUACCGCAGGCUGCUCAGCAGCGCCGCGACGUACUGCCCCGGGGCGCUGAGGAUCGCGACCGACGCCCUGGUGAGCACCGCGCGCUGGCUCGCGACCACCGGCCCGGUCGUGCGGCGCAUCGACGGCUGGCUGCUCGGGCUUCGGCAGGCCGCGGACCAGGUCGCCCAGCUGGCCGUGGCGGAGAGCGGCGGCGCGGCCAAGGACGCGAGGCCGAAUACGACGCCCAAGCGGACGAUCCCGGAGGUGCGCUCUGAGCUGCUGCGCGUGCUGCUCGACGAGCCGUUCGCGCAGGGGGCCGCUGCGGCCGUCGACGAAGCGAAAUUGUUGUCGUCGCAGGAUUGGGGCUUUAAGCUCGAGGACGUCGACUACGCCACGGUCCGGCUGUGGCACGGCGCGCGGGAUACGAACGCCCCGGCAGUCAUGAUCCGGUACAUGGCCGACAAACUGCCGCACGCCGUCCUGCGCGAGUUCGAGGGAGACACGCACUACACCAUGUUUAAGCAUCUGGAGGGCGCCCUGGCCGAGCUCGUCCCGCAGGAGGCGCCGAAGCUUGCGACCAAGGGGGUUUAG